UCCAAGCCGGUUUAUUUAUUUAAGCCAGCUAAAUGAUCGUAAAAAGACGAUAAUGAGAAAAUCCAUCAUACUUAUGAUUUUACUGACAAAACAGGAUGUCACGCGAUUAACGUCUUACUAAAGUGAUAUUCUCCUUUACUUAGAUGAAGCCACGUGACUACUGUGAAUGCUGCUAUUGGCUCGAAAUAGAGCACUAACGGAAAUUAUGGCGGGUCCAAGAAAAGUACACGAAAUUUCAGAUAGUGAUGACAGUGAUGUGGAAAUCGUAUCUAAUGUGCCGAAAAAAAGCCGACAAGCAGAGUCACCAGAUAAAAAUUCGACAAAAGAUUCUACCAAAAAUGACAGCGCUCCUGUCUCAAAGAUUUCGCCCGUGAAGCUUAAACCCGACACCUUUGCCUCUCCAAGGAAAAAGCCACAAAUUGAACGGAUCCCACAUCAGAAGCCGUUAUCUACCGCUCCUUCAUCGUCAAAGUUAAACACAAGUUUUGUGUCCUCAAACAAAACAGCCGAAGUUGUAUGUUGCUCAUAUAGGCCAGUUUCCGUUAAUGGUCCAGCUUUAGGAUCCAGCCAUUGCUUCGUCUUCACAAAAUCAUCCAGGAAAGAUCAGGGUUUGACGAAAACGUCCGUGGAGGAGAACGACUUAGAGAAAAAUGAAGAAAAAUGUAGAAAAAUACAAAGACGCUUACAGGAAUUCCCACCCGAGUAUUCGGUAAACCAUUUGAACUGCCCAUCGAAAGGGGAACCGGCAUCGCAUUCUGCAGUUGGCUCUGAUCAUAAUUUCGAGAGCUCAGGCACAAAACCAUGUCCGUAUGGAUUUAUGUGUUAUCGCACAAGCUCAGAACAUCUUCUGGAAAAUUCACAUGACUCGCGGCUACGUGGCUUCUAUCUUACGAAGUGCGAAGGCCUUCAAAGCAAAUUUAAUUCGGAUACUUUUACUCGAUCUUUGAAGCAAAUACUUCAUGAGGAUGUGAGCGACCAACUUGAGUCAGCUGUGCACUUCAGCUAUGUCUACGAUAUGGAGUGGCUGUUGGAGCAGUAUCCGCCAGAGUACCGACAAAUCCCUAUGCUACUCGUAGUGCAACAAAGUGACGACCUUCUUAAGCUUUUAAUAGCCCAGAGACAGGUAUUUCGGAACGUGGCUUUACUGCCUAUUGAACUAUCGCGCUUUGGCACUCACCACAGCAAAAUGAUUUCGCUGAAGUAUAAAGGUCACCUGCGGCUCAUCGUAACUACAGCUAAUCUCUACGGGCCCGACUGGGGUAAAAAAAGCCAAAUGUUGUGGGUCAGUCCGCUCCUGAAAAAAUCUUCCCAGCCCAAGAAAGGACAGGAUUCAGACACAGGAUUUCGAUCGGCAUUAUGCACAUAUCUGCGUUCAUACCAGAAGAAAAAGUUGCUUGAACUAGCAGAAAGUUAUGCUGACUAUGAUUUUUCGCUUAUCGAUAACUGCUACUUCAUCGGAUCUACACCAAAUUCGAUCAAGAGCGGGCUAGUGACAGUGGAUUCUAUUCUAACUAAGAAUGUUCCUCCGCUCUCCAAGGAGAAUCCUGUCACGUUCUGUUUUUCCAGUAUCGGUACCCUUGGACAAGACGACACCGCUUGGCUGAGACCAACCUUCGGUCGUGCACUCUUGGCUAACAACCGAACUACUCAGAAAGGCACAAAUAUCACUGAUGUUACCGUGAACAACAUACAAGCGUUGUAUCCGACUAUCGAAGAAGUCCGUAAGAGCUUCGAAGGCUAUGAGGCAGGACGGAGUUUACCUUACUCCGGAAAGGUUCAUAUGAAACAACGAUGGCUGUCCAAAUGGCUUCAUCGAUGGAAAGCGGAUCAAGUGGGCAGGUCCAGAGCGGCGCCUCAUGUUAAGUUUUAUAUACGAACAUCGCCGGAUUAUCAGCGAACGUUCUGGUUUUUGAUGAGCUCUGCCAAUCUGUCGAAAGCAGCUUGGGGUAAUCUGCAAACGAAAGCGCCACUUUCAUACGAGUGCGGUAUUUUGUAUGUGCCUAAUAGGCCCAUUAGCACGGAUCAGGUUGUUGUACCAUUCGAUUUGCCGCCACAAGAAUACUCGUCCUCGGACCGCCUUUGGAUACAGGAUAAUAUCUACAACGAGCCUGACGACUUUGGUCAUUCGUGGGAUCCACGUCAAGGCGGCGUGGUUCCAACCAUUUGACAAAGCUUAAAAGCGGCGUAAUAAUAAUGAACCAGUAUCGUUUCCCGGAGGCAAAAUUUUUUGCAGUGAUUUAAGUGCUGCACGUUGUAUAUACUCCAGUCUUAGAUCGAGCCAUAUAUCUAUAAAAAAAAAAAUUCCAUACAGUAAAGGGAAAAAUGCACUGGUGAAUCAUCAGAGAGGCGAAGACUAUCUAUGGUUCCGUUAUUCAUGAACCAGUUAGCCUUUCACAAGCUGACGUAUAAUCAUCUCUCGCAAGCACGAGUUUACUGCAAGGGAGGUUAAUUUUGUUACAUAUAUGAAUUGGUAUAGCUUAGCUGUCGCAGAUGAAUAAAGGAC